UUUACUUGUGAAACCAAGUAACAUAAAUCCUUUUUAGAGUCUCAAUCUCUUUUAUAGAGCAAACAUUCUGUUUUGCUUUUAGUGGAAAUUAAUUGCAGACUUGCAAGUAUUUUUUGCGAUUUAUGAGAGAUACAUAUAGUGAAUAACCAGUUUUGCCAUGGCAGCUGUUUUGAUGUCAAUAGUAAUUGGUAUAGGUGUGUUGAUUCUCGCAGUUAUCAUUAUAAACUUGAUCAAGUUCUUACAAUGGCAUGGUAAUAUGGUCAAGACGCUGUCUCAUUUUCCAGGACCUAAAACACAUUGGUUGUUUGGAAAUGCACUCCAGAUUGAAACAUUUGAUGGAUUUUUCAAGAAGAUGUGUAAGGAAUAUGUGGAAGAAAAAAGAUGUAAAGCUUUUGUCUACUGGUUAUUUGUUAUACGACCUUUAUUGACCUUGACCCAUCCAGACACUAUUAAGGUCGUAAUGAAAUCAACUGCACCAAAGUCCAGACAAGGGGCAGGAAUUUCCUUUAUGUUACCAUGGAUUGGUGAAAGUUUACUGGUAUCGGAUGGACCAAAGUGGGAAAGAAACAGAAGAUUGUUGACACCAGCUUUUCAUUUCUCCAUUUUGAAUGGUUAUUUCAAAAUCUACAAUGAUGUGACAGAUACAUUAUUAGAGAAAUUUGCAGAAGGAAGUAAGAAUGCUAAAUAUGUAGAAGUGUUUCAAUAUUCUGGACUGGCUACACUAGAUAUCUUGUUACAAUGUUCUCUGUCAUACAAAGGAAAUAUACAAGACGUAGGUGAAAGCCAUCCAUAUGUUAAAGCAGUUAAAAGAAUGAUUGAACUUACCUUACAUAGAUGUCUAAAUAUUAACCUGUAUCCAGAAUUUCUAUUCAAACUGUCACCUAGUGGUAAAGAAUUUUUCAAGCUCUGUGAUUUUGUUCAUGAGUUUUCAGAAGAUAUUAUUUCAAAGAGAAAAGAAGAUUUGAAAGAAAAUGCUGACACUGAGAAAAGAAGACAGUUGGAUUUUCUGGACAUUUUGUUAACAGCCAGAGAUGAAUCUGGUAAAGGGUUAACUGAUGAAGAGAUUAGAACUGAGGUGGAUACUUUUAUGUUUGCUGGUCAUGACACAACAUCCAGUGUGUUGAGCUGGAGUAUAUACAGUUUAGGCAAGCACAAAGAUAUACAGGACAAAGUUUAUGAAGAGGUCAAAAGGGUUGUUGGGGAUAAACAGUAUGUUGAUUGUGAAGACAUAUCAAAAAUGAAAUAUUUGAGUUGUUUCCUGAAAGAAGUAAUGAGACAUCACACACCAGUACCAGUCAUCAGUAGGAUGUUAGAUGAACCAUGUGUUAUUGAGGGUGUAGAGAUACCUAAAGGAAGUUUUAUAGAUAUGGCUAUCCAUCAUGCUCAUCAUCAUCCUGAUGUGUGGGAGGAUCCAUGGGAGUUUAAACCGGAGAGAUUUGUUGGAGACAAGCAUCAUGAUAUGGAUCCUUAUAGUUUUACUCCAUUUUCUGCUGGACCAAGAAAUUGUAUUGGCCAGGCAUUUGCACAAAAUGAAGAAAAGGUCCUUAUUGCUAGACUAGUCAAUAGAUUUGAGAUUUCUGUAGAUCCAGAUCAUGAAGUAGAACAUUUUACUGAGGUAGUGAUGAGAGCCAAAAAUGGAAUUAUGGCCUGCUUUAAAGAAAGGACUUAACACCAAUCAAAUUCACAUGUACUUCAUAUGAAUGAAAGAGAUUGUCGGAAUCCAAUAUCCAUAAUACCUGCAUUAUAUUGGAAAUUAACUUGACAGUUGAAUUAUAGUGUGUAAACAUGAAAUCAAUAUUUAAAUCUAGUAUAAAUUGGACAGUUUAAUUACAGACUUGAAAUCAAUGUUUAAACUAAGUAUAAACUGUAAAAUGUUAUAUGAACUGAUACAGUUGUACCUCAUGAUGAUAAACAAGGUUGCAUUGAGACCUUUGAUACAUUAAGGUAUUUCUAGGUCCUUGUGAAACAAUUGUUCAGAUGAACUUGGUUAUGCCCUUCAUCUGAGUGACUGGGAAUAUAAUAUUACAUGUCC